GUAACUACUUUUUUAUGCAAUGGCUUGGGUCAUCAGAAAGCGACAUGUUUGGUCACAUUACUUCCUACAUGCUCAACGCGUCCUUGGGACUCUCUGCACUACAGAAUAUGACACUUUUAUUAGGAUAAUAAUAAUUAUAUGAAGUGAUGAAUCGUAUUUGAAUGACUGAGGAGAGAUGAGCGCUCCUAACGCCAGUGAACGAAAGGCCUGCUGGAGCGCGAGAGAUGAGCUCUGGAAGUGUCUAGAUGUCCACCAAGACAGCACAUCUGCCUGUGAGAAAUACCAGCAGGAGUUUGAGGCCAAGUGUCCUGCCCAGUGGGUGAAGUAUUUCAUCAAACGGAGGGACUUCUUGAAGUACAAGGAGAAAAUACAAAAUGAAGGCUAUGAACCAGCUGAAGGAACAUCAAAAUUAUAGCCAACAAUGAUGUGCAUCGGAGGGAAUGAUAACACUGGACUCUGACAAUGGCAGUGAUGCACUAAACAUUUUCCUAGCCUAUAUAAAGCAUUGUGUUUUUGUCUUAUUUAUCACCAUUUAAUGAAUCUGUGCUGUAUGGAGCUUCACUGUAAUGUUUGAAAUGCAAAAUAAAUAAAUGAACCAAAAA